AUGAAAAGUGAACACUAAACUGAAAUUUGUUAAAUUAGAUAGCUACUUUUAAAAGAAAAGAAUUUAGUUAUUACAAAUCGAAAUUUAAAAGGGCCAUUAACUUAGAGCUAUAUUUUUGUUGAAGAGGAUAAUAACACUUUCAUUAAAUAUGCUUUGAAGAUUUAAAACAUUGCAGUUGAAGGAAGUGGAGAAAUCGAUCAACUCAAGUUAUUGAAAUGCAAAAAUGGAGUUUAAUUUAUUAAAGAUUGUUGCCACUAAAGUAUUGGGGAAGUCGUAGAUGAAUUUGUUAUAGAAAAAUAUCAUUUUACUUAGUUUUAAGAUAUAUUUUGCUCUCUUAAUGAUUGGGUUAGAUAAAAUUAAGGCAGAAAAAUUUCUGACUAUAAAUUUGUAUCAUUUGCUGGUAAAAUUCUAGAUGGACUAGAAUUUAUUCAUGAAAAACAAUGUUUUUUGAAAGACAUUAGCUUGGAUACUCUCUUAAUCAAUAAAGAUGAUGAGGUUAAGAUUUGUAGUGUGUGUUAAGAUUCAUCAGAUUUAAUUAGUCUUCAAAAUCAAAGCUAGAAUUUUAUUCAAUCUCUCCCUUACAAGCCUCCUGAAUACAUAGAAAAAAUCUAUAAUAAAGAGAGCUAUAAUUAUACAAAAUAAGGAGACAUUUGGUCAUAUGGAGCUUGCUUAUCUUUUCUAGGAGGGGGAUAAAUUAAAUAAGUUUAGAAAAAUAAAAAUGAAUCGUAAUUUAUGAUAACAUACUGUCAUAACAUUUCUAAAAAAUCAAAUGAGUUUCAUCCAAAAAGCUAUUAUAAGCACAGGAUCAGAAUUAACAAAUAUACAAGAAGAAGAUGA